CACUGAUGUGAACAGCCGUGCACACUGAGAAGGUAAACGGCGGCAACCAAAAUAGAAAGAAAAGCCCAACUGAUAGGCGUUGUAAGAAACAGAAUUUUCUAUACGUAUGUCUUUAUUGCUAUGUCCAAGCGCAACAAUAUAACCUACGUGAAGCCACAGGAACCCAGUUUUUUGGCCAAACUUAAGGCGGAGAUCGGCUACAAGGAGGGGCCCACCGUCGAAACAAAGCGCCAAAAACUAGAGGAUCUGGAUCAGGAGGACUACGAUUCCAGUGAGGAGCGACCUGAGCGUGAAGACGAAAAGCCACAAAUUGUGGUCCUAACGCGUGGGGAUCUCACGGCUGAUGAGGUGGCCCUCGAGCAGCAGCGCAUAGCGAAAGAAGAAGCUGAGAGGCCAGCGGAUUUGAGCCAACCGAUUGUGUUUAAGCAGCGGGUUAAGCAGCCCAAAAUCCAAACUGAGGACCAAACAGAGAAAUCGGAGAAGCCGCAGAAAUCGAAGGAUAAAAAAAGCAAAAAGUCAAAGUCGAGCAGCAGCAAAUUGUCGUUCAACGAGGACGAGGAGGACGCCGAGGCUGGCGAGGAUUGAAAUCUAUAAGAAUUUCAACA